UUUUCUGUCUAGGUCGCGCCACUACCGACUAAUCCACGAUACGUGGAAAGCAGCGUGAGUUUUUCUCUCCUUCUACACAACAUGUCAAAUUAUUGUUGAAUUUCUCUUAAUUAUUUGACGCUAGAAAUCGUAUUUAUUACGAUCUUAGUGGAUUUUUAUUCGCGACAAUAUAGGAACGGCCGUACGUUCGAUUAGACAUUUUCUUUUCAUUACUUGAGAAUCUUGCGUUCUGCAUAUGCACGGCACGAUGAGCACACCACCUCAGGGGCAAGUUAAACCAAGAAAUGGUGUGGUUAAGCAGGUAAUGUCUGGGGAUACUAUCGUUAUUCGUGGACAGCCGAUGGGAGGGCCCCCACCAGAAGUUACUAUUACUUUGUGUAACAUAACCGCUCCAAAAUUAGAACGCUGGAAAGCAAAUGAUAGCGCUGAGGAAAGUAAAGACGAACCAUAUGCCUGGGAAGCUAGAGAAUUUUUACGUAAGAAGCUCAUUGGCCAGGAUGUAACUUUUACUACCGAAAAAGCAGUUAAUACUAAUAAAACAUACGGCACUGUUUGGCUUGGAAAAGAUAAAAAUGGUGAAAAUGUUAUCGAGUCCUUAGUUUCCGAAGGCUUGGUUAUCGUUAAAAAAGAUACUCGCAAUCCUACAGCCGAACAAACACGAUUGAUCGAAUUAGAGAGUGCUGCGAGAGCAGCUAACAAAGGCAAAUGGUCUGAUACGCCAGCUUCUGCACAUGUACGUGAUGUUAAAUGGAACGUCGAUGAUCCUAGAAAAUUGGUAGAAAAAUAUAGCAAAAAGCCUGUUAAGGCUGUUAUUGAAUUUGUCUUUAAUGGAUCAACUGUAAAAGCAUUUUUAUUACCUGAAUUUUACAAUAUUGUAUUGAUGAUAUCUGGCAUUCGUUGUCCUGGCUGGCCAAGUGGACGACGCGAUGCUAACUCUGGUGAUCCAUAUGCGGAAGAGGCAAGGUAUUUUGUAGAGUCACGGCUCCUUCACAGAGACGUCGAGAUAAUACUCGAAUCUGUAAAUAACAACAAUUUUGUUGGAAGUGUUAUUCAUCCAAAAGGAAACAUCGCGGAAAUCCUAUUGAGCGAAGGUUUUGCCAAAUGUCAAGAUUGGUCAAUUAGUAACAGUAAAUCUGGCGCAGAGAAGCUCUAUCUUGCAGAAAAAGCUGCCAAAGAGGCACGAUUACGUCUAUGGAAGGAUUAUAAGCCGUCUGGGCCGCAAAUUGAAUUUACUGGUACUAUUGUUGAAAUUGUAAAUGCAGAUGCGUUUAUUAUCAGGACGCAAAAUGGGGAAAACAAAAAAGUCUUUUUAAGUAGCAUUAGACCACCGUCCAGAGAAAAGAAACCUGGCGAAGACACUAAUAAUGCUGUCAGGUCAAAAGAUUUCCGACCCCUCUAUGAUAUACCGUGGAUGUUAGAGGCGCGUGAAUUUCUUCGAGAAAAAUUUAUCAGAAAAAACGUUAAAGUUGUGGUCGAUUAUACACAACCAGCAAGGGAUAAUUUUCCAGAGAAAUUAUGUUGUACAGUCAUGUGCGGUAAAACAAAUAUUGCGGAAGCGUUAGUUUCAAGGGGUCUCGCUAAAGUAAUUAAACACAAACAGAGCGACGAUCAACGUUCUUCUCAUUACAAUUUGCUUCAAGUUGCCGAAAGUAAAGCAGAAAAAUCGCAACAUGGAUUGCAUGCGAAGAAAGAUAUUCCUGUUCAUAGAUUGGUGGAUCUUUCCAACGAUCCUCCCAAGGCUAAAGCAUUUUUAACGUCAUUGAAGAGGGCACAAGGAAUUAAAGCUGUCGUUGAAUUUGUUACAAGCGGUUCGCGUUUAAAGUUAUUUUUGCCUAAAGAGGAUCAACUUAUAACAUUUGUAUUAGCCGGUAUUAGGGCACCUAGAUGUCAGAGGUCCUUACCUGGAGGAGGUAUUAUUAAAGCAGAUGAGUAUGGUGAGAAAGCUUUAGCUUUCACCAAGGAACAUUGUUUCCAAAGGGAUGUAGAAAUUAAAAUUGAAACUACGGAAACUAAAGGAAGCGGAUUUAUAGGAUGUUUAAUCGUCAAUGAUAUUAAUAUGUCCGUCGCUUUGGUAGAAGAAGGUUUAGCAGAAGUUGUGACCUUUCCUGAUCUAGGUGAAUUUACUAAAAUCCUUAAAGCCGCAGAAGAGAGAGCUAAAUCGAAAAAGCUUAAUAUUUGGAAGAAUCGCGUCGAAGUCCAAGUUGAAAAUGAAAAGAAUGAAGAUGAGAAAGAAGUUGCAGAAAGGAAAAUUGAUUAUCAAGAAGUAGUUAUUACAGAAGUUACGGAAGAUCUUCAUUUUUAUGCUCAAAAUGUCGAGCAGGGUAGUUUGUUGGAAAACUUACUUUUACAAUUACGACAAGAAUUGGCUGCUAAUCCUCCACUUCCUGGUGCUUACAAACCUACAAGGGGUGACUUGGCAGUUGCCAAAUUUACAGGCGAUGAUCAAUGGUAUCGUGUCAAAACGGAAAAAGUAUCAGGACCAAAUGUUAGCGUAUUUUAUAUUGACUAUGGCAACAGAGAAACUAUUAACGUAACACGAGUCGCUGAUUUACCUGCUCGUUUUGCGACUGAUAAGCCUUAUGCACAUGAAUACACACUUGCAUGCGUUGCUUUGCCCAACGACAAUGACGAUAAGAAAUCGGCUGUGGAAGCAUUUAAAGAAGACGUUAUGGAUAAAAUAUUACUAUUAAAUGUUGAAUACAAAGUAAGCAAUAAUCUCCAUUCUGUAACUCUUGCCGAUGCAUCUACGAAUGAAGACAUUGCCAAAGGACUCAUUGCGGAUGGACUGUUAUUGGUUCAAAAACAUAAAGAUAAGAGACUUGGGAAAUUAAUCGAGGAGUAUACGAAAGCGGAGGAAGAUGCCAAGCAUAAUCGUCGCAAUAUUUGGGUAUAUGGCGAUAUAAGGGCAGACGAAGACAAAGAGUUUGGAGCGUAAUCGAGUUACUGAAAACGUUGAGAAACAUUUCUGAUCAAACACAAGUGAUAUAAAAAAGACAUUUUUGAAAAGCAUAAUAAUAAAUGCAUAAUAAGAUAUAUAUGUGUGUGUGUGUAUAUAUAUAUAUGUAUAUAUAUAUAUGUAUAUAUAUAUAUAUGUAUAUAUAUAUAUAUAAAUAUAUAUAUUGACUAGAUUGAUGGAAAAGAAUGAAUGUCGAUAUGAGAGUUACAUAUUGCAUUUGUGACAAUGCAAUUAUAUUUCAGUAUGUAAAAGCCCGAAAUGUACAUAACAAUUUAAUUAAUGUCCAUAAUUAUUAGCAUGUUACAAAGGACAAAGCACAGAUGCAGAAAAUAAAUGGAUCAGACUGCCUCUACUGACAUAAUAUAUGUAUUCUCAUCGACACAUACAUUCAUUGCUCUUUGGUGCCACAAUGUAAAUGUUUUUUCAAUCUGAUCAUGAAUGAAUUUUGAUAAAAUAUUAUUUAAUGGUUCGUCAACCUGUGUGCAAUUUAUAUUCGUUAACAUACCUUUAUAUGAACGAACAAUGAUGUUGAUCUUUAGAUGUAUGUUACACUUAACAAAUUGGCUGCAAAAGUAGAAUUCAUCGAAUAUUAAGUAACAUAUCUGUUUAUCCAAUUAACAGAUUGCAUUUGAACGUUUAAAGUGUUGUAUCAGAUAAAUACGUAUUCCCAGAUGUGUUAUGUUAACGAGACUGUAGAGAAUCAAAUAAGAACUUAUUUGAGAAAUGACUUAUUUUAAACAAAUAUUAGGAGAGAGUAUGUAAUUCUAAAUGUUUUUCAAGUCUUUCUUCUUGACACAGUCACGUGAUUUUCUUUUUUCUUUUUUUCUCUCUCCACCCCCCCCCCCCCCGCUCCCAUUCCUUUGCUGCACAUCGAUGAAAUCAUGCGUUCUCUUUCUUUCACAUAUCACUGAUCUAUGAAAAAGCACGAUGUUGCAUUUCUUUUUAAGCAUAAUAGACCAUGUAUUAUUCAAUAUGAUCUCAACCUCUAGCAUGCUCAGCUUAUCUUACAUAUUUUUUUCCAAGUUGAAAAUAAGUCGAAUCGAUCAUGGCUAAUCAUAGAUUAAAACUGUGCAAACAUUAUCUUAACAAAUAUUCAAUAAAUAUAACCAUAAAAGUUGCAAAGAAUUUAUAAAAUACGAAAUUUAUACCAAAUUUUCUGUAUAUAUAUAUAUAUAUAUAUAUACACACACAUAUAUACAUAUAUAUAUAUAUGUAUAUUUAAUUUUUUAAUUAUUAAAAGCUUAAUGCGUAUGAAAAAAUGGCGAAUUAAAAAAAGAAAAUGUAUGUUAAAUCCUCAAUUAAUUUCUUUCGACCACUGAGAUGGGAAUGUUACAAAUGAAAUCAUGUUGUAUAUGAUUUAAUUAUACAAUACAUGCUUCUCAUUGUAUUAUUUAUGUCUUAUAAUUACGAAAUUAUGGUAUUUAACUAUUGCCUUAUUAUGUUGGCACUUAAGCAAUCUUAUUCAAUGGUAUACAACAGAAUCCAAUGGAUGAGAGAAGACAUAGUUUCCAUUUAUUUAUAAAUGAGCUUUUUUUUCUUUUUUUUCUUGUCCACUUAACAACGAAUAAAUAUCUCAAUUUCGACGUAAAUAAUGUUCAUUUAUAUCAAUUAGGGAUGUGAAAUUUUCUUCGAAAUUAUUUGGCCAGCAUAGAGAAAAAGAAUAUACUAGUAGCAAUAGUUAUACAAGACUACAUUCCAAUAUAUUUUUACAUAUUUGAGGAUCGUUCUAAAAAAUUCUUGUACGAUGGAAUUGUUUUGCUCUCUGGUUCUGAAAAAGAAAUAUUCUAAGCAAAUAUUGUAAAUGAAGCAACAAUGAAAUGAAUACUGCAUUAAAAUGUAUAGAGAAACAUCAA